GCAUCUACGUCUGCGCCAAGUGCGGCCACGAGCUGUUCUCCAGCUGGGCAAAGUACGAGCACUCGUCCCCGUGGCCCGCCUUCACCGAGACCGUCCACGAGGACAGCGUGUCCAAGCGCAAGGACCGGCCGGGGGCUUUAAAGGUGUCUUGCGGCAAGUGUGGCAACGGGCUGGGCCACGAAUUCCUCAACGAUGGGCCGAAGAGGGGGCAAUCCCGCUUCUGAAUAUUCAGCAGCUCGCUGAAGUUCAUCCCGAAAGCGAGGAUUGAUGGCUGCCUCCAAAG